AUGAGCCAAAGCAAUGCCCGCGCCACCUCCGCUCACUCCACCGCGUCCGCUCUGAGACCUCGCACCAAACGCCUGAUCUCCGGUCUGGAUGAGGGCGACGAGGCCACCUUCCAGCCCGCCAAUGCCUCCUCUUCCCGCAUAGCCUCGCCCCUACCUUCCCCCUUCGAAAGCCGAUCCGCAUCUCCCAUACCUCCCGCCCACCCACAGAGGACCAGUCCAGAUAGCCGUCGGAAUAAUGGCAUCCUUGCGACGGCAUCGCCGAGCAGAGCUGGCUCAGCAAGGCCGAAGAAGGGCUCCGAAUCGCCGUCGCUGGCUGGCAUAUUGGGGAACUCAUGGAACGCCGUCCAAGCUAUAGCUACUGAUUUACUUGGCAACGACCUCGCGGGGCCCGAUCACAACGAUAAAGCGCGCUCCAGGCGACCAGUGGGUCGCAUGCAGAGUGGCCCGCGAUCAUCCACCAGCGCACCGCCCGCCCACUGGGGUCCCAACAUGCCCACCUCACACCCACGAGCCGGAGUUGGGGCCAUCGGAGUCGGUACGACAGAGGAGCAGGCCGCCGAGUUCAGAGCGCGAAAGAGGAAAGACAUGUUGACUGGUGAGGCGGGCGGCUACCUGGAUGCUCUGGGGAAGUUUAAGCGGAGGCUAUCUGAUGAGAGGAACUCCGUGUCCGCACCGCCGGGCGAGAAUGAGGACCGAGAAGCUCUGGUAUAUCUCCAUCACGUCAAGAAAGAUGACACGUUGGCCGGAAUCACCAUCAGAUACAACAUCUCCGCAAACGCACUCCGAAGAGCUAAUCGCAUGUGGCCGAAUGACACAAUGCUGGCGAGGAAAACACUCAUCCUCCCCGUCGACGCUUGUUCAGUCAAGGGCAAGCCCGUGCCCGAUCCUGAAGGAGAGACACACCUGCUCGGUUCGGAAAGCGAGGCCUUGUCGGCCCUACAGGCUGAGGAGGUCCCAACACCCACCGCGGCCACUCCGUUGCCAAAUGGCGCUUCAACUCGCGACGCAAGAAACAGGGCCCGUUCUGCGUCCACCAACACCACAUCAUCGGUGGCGACUUCCUCGCAUGCGGAGCAUGAGCAGCCUUGGCAGCACGACUCAUGGGUGUUACUUCCAGGGCACAGCAAGCCAACUGAAAUUGCACGCUUACCACGCAGGGCGUUGGGCUACUUUCCCCCUGCACGGAGGAAAAGCAACGCCCUCUCCGAUCUCGACACGCCUUCGUCUUCACUCGAGCUUCCGCGAAGCAACACGGAUGUUUCGAGUCGCGACAAAGCCGCAUCGCCUCAACGACAUCGGCACGCACGGAGGACGAGUAAUGCUGCGAAUGGCUACUACCCCAACUAUCUGAGUGGGCCUGGUGGGGUUGGUACGAUGAGUAGGAAUGUACAGUUUCCUGGACCUGCACAAGACGGCCUGAACAAGAUGUUUGCGAAGCACCUUCCGGAUGUUGCACCGCCACGGAAUCAAAAUGUGCUUUAUCGGCCCGAGGUGCCGUUGUAUACUGAUGAUCCGACGCCCGUCACGUCGGGGAGCGUGACCCCUGCUUUCCCGCACUCUACUGGCGGUCCGAAUCUGAAUUUCAAUCUAGAAGCGCUGGGUGGAGCGUUCGAGAACUGGGCAAGACGCAUGGCGAAUAAGGCUGUGCAGACGCCACAGGGUAGACGAGAGCCGGCGCGAGCCUCUGUGGGUACGCCAGGAAAGGGCGCGGGUGGCAUUGGCGAUUUGAUAGAGAUGACUGACGAGUUCGAGAUUGGGGGUGACGAGGAGGACGCACACGAGGAAGAUAGAGGGAGACCAGGGUCGAGCACGAACGUUCCCCUUGCGCCUCCCAGCAGCAGUGCGACCAGCUACUCGGAUGGUGCGACGCUUCGAGGCCGAGGGACGUCGCACGCCAAGAGCCGUGGGAAGAGCGGAAAGGCGGAUUGA